UUAUGACAGCAGCAGCUAUUAAAACCCUGAGGACCAAGGGGCACUGGUCACAAAAAUCUCUCUAAAUCAACUGCUGGGGAAAAAAAAGCUCUUUUGAAUUAUUAAAAAUUAAGUCCUACUUAUCACAAUGCAUUGCCUGAAAAGUCUGAGGACAGCUAACCCGGGAAUCUUGCAGCUGUUUAAAAAUGCAGGGAUCUCUGCCAGAGUUGGAGCUGACAGCAUUGUCUUGUCCAGGACACAACAACCUGUUCCUCUCCCCUGCUGGGUCGUAGCAUCACCCCACAACCACAGAGCCUUUCAUCACCAGAAGGGGCCUGAUGUGGACCAAGGACACUCCAACACAAGUAGGUUAAUGUCCAGUAUGGAGGACCUACUUUUCUACACCAUCACUGAAGGCAAAGAGAUGAUCCCCCUCUCCCAGUUCAUCUCUGCUUUGAGAAAAACAGGUUUGUUGACGUCUGACCCUCGGCUGCGUGACUGUGUCCAUCAGAUGCGACAAUCCACACGAGACUCUGUCGGGCCUGUCAUGAUGGACAAGAAGCUCUUCAGAAGGUGUGUGGGCAACAACAUCAUGCUGCUCACUAAAGCUUUCAGAAAAAAGUUUAUCAUCCCCAACUUUGCAGAGUUUACCCAGCAGUUAAAUAAGAUGUAUGACCAUGCACAACAGCAGGAGGCAGGACAGGUAGCUAAUUACAUUCCUCAGCUGGCUAAGUUCAGCUGUGAUCUCUGGGGUGUAUCUCUGUGCACAAUUGACGGACAGAGAUACUCUGUGGGUGACACCAAGGUUCCCUUCUGUCUGCAGUCGUGUGUGAAGCCUCUGGAGUACGCCAUUGCCGUGCACGAGCUUGGCAGCGAGCGUGUUCACAACUUUGUGGGCAAAGAGCCCAGUGGAUUCAAGUUCAACAAACUGUCACUAAAUGAAGAAGAUAAACCACACAACCCGAUGGUGAAUGCUGGAGCUAUCGUCAUCAGUUCUUUAAUUAAGCCUCAUUCAAAUAAAGCCGAGAGGUUCGACUAUGUGAUGGAGUUCUUGAAAAGCAUGGCUGGUACAGAGUUUGUGGGCUUCAGCAAUGCAACUUUUCAGUCAGAGAGGGAGACCGGUGAUCGGAAUUAUGCAAUUGGUUAUUACCUGAAAGAGAAAAGGUGCUUUCCUGACAAUGCAGAUAUGAUUGCGGCCCUUGACUUCUACUUUCAGUUGUGUUCCAUUGAGGUGACCUGUGAGUCAGGAAGCGUCAUGGCUGCCACACUGGCCAAUGGCGGUAUUUGUCCAAUCACGGGCGAGCGUGUGCUGAGCGCUGAAGCAGUUCGUAACACCCUGAGUCUCAUGCAUUCCUGUGGCAUGUACGACUUCUCUGGACAGUUUGCUUUCCAUGUGGGCUUGCCUGCUAAAUCUGGUGUUUCAGGUGCUGUUCUGCUGGUGGUCCCCAACGUCAUGGGUAUGAUGUGUUGGUCCCCACCAUUAGAUCGGCUUGGAAACAGUGUUCGUGGCAUUCACUUCUGUCAGGAGCUGGUGUCAUGCUUCAACUUCCACAAUUACGACAACCUGAGACACUUCACAAAGAAACAUGACCCCAGAAGAAGAUCAGAUGAUGAUCCAAACAAGUCAGUGGUGAACCUAAUGUUUGCAGCAUACAGUGGUGACGUCUCUGCUCUGAGGAGGUUUGCCCUUUCAGCUGUCAACAUGGAGCAGAGAGACUACGACUCACGCACAGCGCUCCACAUCGCUGCAGCCGAAGGUCAUGUGGAAGCUGUAAUCUUCCUGACUGAAAUAUGCAAAGUGAAUCCACACAUGAAAGACAGAUGGGGGAACACACCCCUAGAUGAUGCCAUGCAGUUUGGCCAUGAUGUUGUUAUUUCAGUCCUGCAAGAUUACCAGCGUGCAACCACUGAGGGCGACUCACCCGGCGACCCGGAGGAACAGAAGGCCACGCUGGAUACGCUGAAGAGCAUUGUUUAAACCACAAAGGAUCAUGAGGGUUUGUAAUGGAAAUCAAUUUAUCCUAUUAUGCACCUGAGAGGACUGAAAGGACACAGGGUGACUGAGAGAUGUGAUGAGUGAGUGACUUCAUCUUUUUUGGACUGUUGAAAAGCUGCAAAAUGCAGGAUUCAUUUCCUUUUUAGUGCAUUUUCUCUGACCAGAGGUUUGGUCAGUAUAAUGUAUCAACACAGGCAAUAUUCUGCUUGUAUGGGGAAAAAAAAUUAUAUUAAUUUAUACCAUGAUUUGGCUUUCGCGACAGUUUUUGUGCUUAGCUUCUGACAAAAAAAUGGAGAUGUACAUAUCAAAUAUAUUUUGCCUAUUUAUUUUUAAAAUAUUUUAAUAUAUUUUGCUUCAUCAUUAUUUUAUUUAAUCAAGGUUUGAUACCCCCUGUGUAAUAAGUGUAUAAAUAUUCCUAAAGGUGCUUGUUGAUUAUUCUACCUCAGUGGGAGGUGAUUUAUUUGCAUUUGUGCCUUAACACUGGAAGGACUGUUUCAUUGUAGUUGAUGUGAGCUCACUGAGGUCUAUAAGCCAGUUUAUUUACUGCUGAUACACCGCAGUGGUCGUGCUGGUAAUUUUUUUUCUUUUGGGAGGAAUUACUGGUUUCAUUCACAUGAGCUCUUUUUAUGUUACUUGUGCGUCACAGAAACAUGUGCAUGUCUCAGGCGCUGGGAACAAUGUGCAUUUUGGUAGUUCUAGCACAAAAUAUAUCAUUAAAAUUACAAUUUGUGCAAAUGAGUGUCGCAAACUAGACACAGUCAUGUCUGAAGUGAUACUUUCUGACAUGAGGAAAAUGGAAACUUAUGCAUAACUAAGUCAUGUUAUAAAAACUUAUUAUACAGUUGAAUCAGCUCAAACGAAAGUCAGUGUUUUAUUUCAUUUAAACUCUGGCAAAGAAAUGAUUCCUCAGCAUGACUAUCUUUAGUCUGUCACUGUAAAUAUGUAUCUUCCUGCUGUAAAUAAUAUGAAAGCAGUUUGAGUGAUGUUAUUUUAUUAAACAAUAUACAGUAUGAA